ACCUCUCCUGGAACGCUAGUAAAUUAUUUCUUGCUUUGUACAUGAUUUGCACAGUCUUAAAUUUAACCAGAUCAGUGAACUUCAGUGUUUGUGAAUUUAAGAAUAAUAAAUUGGUGUGUUCAAGAUAUCCAAUUCUUAUCGGUCUUUUUUGUAAUGUGCAUAACAGCUGUAUGUUGGUUUUGUAGGUGUUACCCCAUAUCUCCACACAGUAACUCAGAUAUGGCAAUAUGAGUGUAUUAUACAGAGUAUGUAAUGAUUUGUGGUCCAGAAUGUGUCUUGAUUUUCCCAAUAUUGCUAUAGACUUUGCCAGUUUUGCUUUGACGUGGUUUAUAUGUUUUCCAGCAGAUUUUGUGGUCUAAGAUCACACCAAGGAAUUUUUUUCAUAUACUCUUUCUAUACUUAUGUUAUCUAUUUUCAAUUGUACUUGAGGGUUUGUUUUAUGUUUUCCAAAUAGCGUAAUCUUUGUUUUGGUUAAAUUUAGAGACAAUUUGUUGACAUCAAACCACUUUUCAUUUCUGAUGUGAUGACCUCCAAAAGCUGCUUCAAAUUGUCACCGGAACAAAAAAUAUUCGUAUAUCAUCGGCAAAUAUAAUCAAUUUCAGUAUAUUUGAUACUCUGCAUAUGUCGUUAAUGAAAAGCUUUGGACCUAACACAGACCCUUGAGGUACUCCACAAGUUAUGUUCAUAAUGGAGCUUCUGUUGCUGCUGAUUGCUUUCUCCUUAACAACUGAUGCCAACUUAUCUGAUGGCGAUAAGGAAUGGAAUGAAUGGAAACAAAAAUUUAGUAAAUCCUACUCUACUGCCGAAGAGGGAGUCCAUCGUAAGGAGGUCUGGCUGACUAACCUGAAGAUGAUCCGCAUGCACAACAAAGGUGCAGACAAAGGCUUGUACACUUACCGUAUGGGAAUGAAUGCCUUUGCCGACCUGAGUAAUGAAGAGUAUAAAAGGUUGAUAGUUGGAAACUGCUUCAGAAUUGACAAUGACACAACACCCACCCCUCUGACCUACAAGAAUGUGGAACUGCCCGAUACUGUGAACUGGACAAUGGAAGGUUACGUAACUCCUGUUAAACAACAGGGGCAUUGUGGCUCGUGUUGGGCGUUCAGUGCGACCGGGGCUUUGGAAGGGCAGCACUUCAAACUGACAGGAAACUUAGUUUCUUUGAGUGAGCAGCAAUUGGUGGACUGCUCUGGUAAAUAUGGAAACAAUGGGUGCAAGGGAGGAAACAUGAACAAAGCGUUCAACUACGUGAAAGACAGAGGAGGGAUUGACACAGAGGAAUCGUAUCCCUAUCAAGCAAAGGAAGGAAGCUGCCGUUACAACCCAACAACUAUUGGUUCCACCUGCAGUGGCUAUUUACUGAUCACAAAACGUAACGAGUCUGCACUCAAAAAUGCGGUGGCAAAGUGGGGACCAGUUUCUGUUGCUAUUGAUGCCAGCCUAGUAACAUUCCAGCACUAUACCUCAGGUAGUUGAGUUUAUGAUGUAUUGUUUAGAGAGGG